AUGUCACGAGCGCGAAAUCGAUUUGGAAGCGACAUCGAGUCGUUUCUUAGCCGCAUUGCACGUGUUGUUGCUGACGUGCAACGUCUUCUGGGCUCUGGAGAAGUGUCGCAAAGAGAUGUCGACAGUUGUGUCGUUCGAGUUGAGUAUCUAAUUGGAAACGUGGAAAGAGUCGGUGACGUGCUGCAGGCACACCAGUGUCAAAGCCUGGUGUGUGGACUACGCAAUUUACUGUUGUCUAUUGAGGCUUGCCGGAUAGAGUCGCCCUCACCUCGUCAAUCAUUGUCCAUUCGCCGAACGUCGGGGUCUCGUGGUCCACCGUUAUUUGACAUUCCCCAGCAACAACUUCAAUUUCUUAUACACUACGGCUUUACAGGUACCGAUAUCAGUUCUCUACUUGGUGUUUCAUAUAGAACAUUACAACGUCGGUUGAGAGACUUCGGUUUGAGUUUGAGAGGACAAUAUUCCACACUUUCAGACCAAGAAUUAGACGCAUCUGUUGCAAGGAUUGGUCGUGACUAUCCUCGAGCCGGAGGCAGAACUAUGAAUAGCCUUUUAGAAUCGGAAGGAGUGCGUGUCCAAAGAAGCAGGGUUCGCGCAUCUCAACUGAGGGUUGAUCCAGCAGGUGUUGCACUCCGUUGGAGCGAUUCUACGCAAAGACGUGUGUACCGAGUUCACGGACCCAAUUCUCUCUGGCACAUUGACGGAAACCAUUCCUUGAUUAGGUGGAGGUUGGUGGUCCACGGAGGAAUUGACGGUCACUCACGUCUAGUUGUUUAUCUGCGAUGUUCAAAUAACAACAGGUCACAAACAGUAUUAGCAUUAUUUCUAGAAGCGAUCACAAAUUAUGGAACUCCAUCUCGAGUUCGCUCUGACCAGGGCGGUGAAAAUGUGCGGGUAGCAGAGCUAAUGCUUUUGUUGAGAGGACCUGGUCGCGGGAGUCAUAUUACUGGUCGUUCAGUGCACAAUCAACGAAUUGAGAGAUUGUGGGUAGAUGUAUAUAGAGGCGUUCUUAGCCUUUACUACUCACUGUUUUACUUCUUGGAAGAUCACGAACUUUUGAAUGUCAACAAUGAGCUUCAUUUGUAUUGCUUGCAAUACGUGUUUAUUCCUCGAAUCAACCAAUCUCUUGACAAUUUUGUUAGUGCUUGGAAUAGACACCACUUGUCGACUGAGCAUGGGCGAAGUCCAGUGCAAAUAUGGAUAUCGGGAAUGAUCGAACAGUGCGGUAGUGGAAGAACAGCAGAAGACGCGAUACUAACAGCGGAAGAAAUAGUCCAGUAUGGGAUCGACUUGGAAAGAUCCACUCGGGUUGAAGAUCCAGAAAGCAGCUCAGUCAUAGUUCCGCCAAGUUCAAUACAAUUGACAGACGAGACGGUAGAAGAACUUCAAAGUCGCGUAAAUCCACUCCAUGAUAGUGAUUGCUGGGGGGUUGAUCUUUAUCUUGAUGCACUUGCAACUCUUCAGUGA